AUGUCGACAAAUGGGCAAGGCGUAGAUGUCUUUGAUGUUAUCGUCGUCGGUGCUGGAUGGUAUGGUCUAAUGGCGGCUCGCACAUACUUGGAGCUGGCUCCUGAGACAAAUCUCAUCAUCGUCGAUGACAGCAGCACAGUCGGCGGGGUCUGGUCCAAGGAGCGAAUUUAUCCCAGCCUGUUUGCUCAGAUUAGCCACCCACUAUUCCAAUACUCCUUCUACCCGAUGUCCAAAGAUGGGAUCUCGCCUGAUGGGUUCGUCUCCGGGAAGACGAUACACAAUUACCUUAACAGUUUCGCCAGAGAUCACGGCCUACUGCCUAGGCUCCGCCUCAAGACCCGCGUGACCAGGGUUGCAAGGAGGCCAGCCGGCUCGGAAGGAUGGAUCCUCGAUAUCAAAGGUGGAGAUCACCUAAAAUGCAACAAGCUCAUCUACGCUACAGGAGCCAAUUCUAGCCCCAUCAUUCCCAAAUGGCCCAGAGACAACUUCCAGAAGCCCGUAAUCCACUCGCUUGAGCUUGGAUCACAUCAAGAGUAUAUUUCGAGCAGUGUGCGGAGAGCUACCGUCGUUGGUCGUUCCAAGUCAUCAUACGACGCUGUUUACCACCUGCUGUGCGAGGGGAAGAAUGUUGACUGGGUCAUGCGUGAUGGGCUAUCCGGUCCUUUCAGCCUUUAUGCCCCGGCGUUCUUGGGGCUAUGGAAUAUUGCCGACCACAUCUCAACUCGGUUCGCCUCAAGCUUCAGUCCAUGCAUCAUGUCAACAUCUGGAAUGCCUUACAGUUUCUUCCAACGAAAUGCCAUCGGACGGGUGUUGACAAAUAUCUACUGGAGAACCGCCAACUAUCUGUCCGUAUCACAUGCAGAAUACUGGAAGACGCCGAAUGCUGAGAAGUUGCGGCCGAGACCAUAUAGCGAUGGGUGA